AUGGUGGGCUCGGGACCAACAAGUAAGUACAUUGCCAUCGGGGACACCAAGCACACACCCCCAGAGAUUGAGAUUUCUCCGAUCGCCUUCCCGGGUGGUCCGGAGAACCUCAUUCUCUUGGCGCGCUGCACUCACCCACCAUUCUUUUUAGCGAAGGGCCAAAUCAUCGCCCAGUUUAUUCCUAUUCCCGAAGGAGUCCCAGUGGACGACCACGCACCAUGGCCACUAAGAAAAGAUAAAUUAAAGGCGCUCAACGAACUCGUGGAGGAGCAACUUGCUAAGGGAAAUACAGUGGAAACCACAAGCCCUUGGAAUUCCCCGGUCUUUGUUAUCCGUACACCGGGAAAGGAUAAGUGGCGGCUCCUUCACGACCUUCCUGAAAUUAACAAGGUCAUUGUGGAUAUGGGACCUCUUCAACCUGGGAUGCCUACCCCAACCAUGCUCCCACAAAAUUGGAAAUUGGCUGUUAUCGACAUUAAAGAUUGCUUCUUUCAAAUUCCCCUACAUCCUGACGAUGCCCCAUGGUUUGCCUUCUCGGUGCCCACCCUUAACCGAGAAGCCCCAAUGAGGAGAUUCCACUGGCGAGUGCUGCCACAGAGAAUGAAGAAUUCGCCCAGCAUUUGCCAGUGGUAUGUCUCCUCAUUGCUGUCUCCCGUUCGCGCCAAAGUGGGGGAGGUCAUUAUCCACCAUUAUAUGAAUGAUGUCCUGGUGUGUGCCCCCCAUGACAAUCUACUGAAAUGUGCGCUUGACCUGCUGGUUGAAGUUUUAACCUCCGCAGGAUUUCAACUCCAGGAAGAGAAGGUUCAAAGGAUGCCACCCUGGAAGUAUCUGGGCCUGCAGAUCGCUUAG